CCCGUGCGUUCGGUUCUCAUUGUCGAACGUUGUUGAAUAAUCUCUAUUCACAUGAUGGCUAGGGUCUCUCUGUGUUUUGUCAUUGUUGCAGCAUUGGCUUUACUCAGUCUUUCUUCCGCAGAGAAGCCCGAGGUUGGGUUUUAUGAUCUUAAAGAUGGAGAAAUUUCUCUCAAGGUCACAAAUUAUGGUGCAACUAUUCUCUCUGUUAUUUUCCCUGACAAAUAUGGGGAAAUGGCCGAUGUUGCUCUUGGUUUUCAAAAAAUUGGGGACUACACGAAUGAUACAAUUUAUUUUGGUGGCCUGGUUGGGAGAGUAGCUAACAGGAUUGCAGGUGCUCAAUUUACUCUUAAUGGCCACAAAUACAAAGUGGUUGCUAAUGAAGGAAAUAACACGCUUCAUGGUGGACACAGAGGAUUCAGUGACGUAUUUUGGACAGUGAGGAAGUAUAAGCCACACGGUUCGUCUCCUUACAUCACACUGUCAUAUCGCAGCUUUGAUGGCGAACAAGGAUUUCCAGGUGAUCUGGAUGUUUCCGUCACCUAUAAAAUCGUCGGAUGGAACAAGUUGGCCGUGUUCAUGAAAGCCAGGGCCUUAAACAAGGCCACACCGGUGAACCUCGCCCAGCACACCUACUGGAACCUUGCCGGCCACAACAGCGGCGAUGUCCUAGGGCAGCACGUCCAAAUCUUUGGAUCCCACAUCACCCCGGUUGACAAAGAGCUCAUUCCGACCGGAAAAAUUGCUCCGGUGAAGGGCACACCUUAUGAUUUCAGAGAAAAACAUACGGUCGGGUGCAGGAUCGACCAGCUACCCAAUGGAUAUGACAUUAACUACGUGCUCGACGGGAAGCCACACCACUUUUUGAAGAAGGCAGCGAUGGUCCACGACCCCAAAUCUGGCCGAAUGCUGGAGCUGUGGACUAAUGCACCCGGUUUGCAGUUCUACACGGGUAACAUGUUAAAGGACGUGAAGGGCAAAGAUGGAGCCAUCUACAAGGUUCAUUCUGGCAUCUGUUUGGAGACACAGGGCUUCCCUGAUUCUGUGAAUCAUCCAAACUUUCCUUCACAGAUUGUCACUCCAGGGAAACUCUACAAGCAUUACAUGCUGUUCAAGUUUACAACUAUGUAGAAGGGUAAUUUAGUUAUGAGGAUUAGUUUUUGAUACUUUUGAGGAGCGGUUUAGUUCUUUUUUCUUCUGUAAUCUCAUCGAAUAUUUAGAUCUAGGAAGGUUCAGGGGCUCUUAGUUAUCAUUAGAACAUAUUUUAGACAUCUUUUUGUAGUGAUUUUUUUUUUGAAAGUUCAACUUUUCUUCAGUUAUGUCUGGAUUUUGACACAAACAAACCACUUUCCGAAGAAGGAUUUAAAGGAGAAGGACUCUCAAUAGAUUUCUACAGAUCGUUCACUUC